AUGGGUGGUCCUUGUAAUGAUAUAAGGAGAGGGCCAUGGACUACCGAGGAAGAUAAACUUCUCAUCCAUUAUAUCACCUUACACGGUGAAGGCCGUUGGAACUUGCUAGCCAAAUCUUCAGGAUUGAAAAGAACAGGCAAAAGUUGUAGGCUAAGAUGGUUAAAUUAUUUAAAACCAGAUAUUAAGCAUGGAAAUCUUUCCCCACAAGAACAACUCUUGAUUCUGGAACUCCAUUCCAAGUGGGGUAAUAGAUGGUCGAAAAUUGCAAAUCACUUGCCUGGAAGAACAGACAACGAGAUCAAGAACUAUUGGAGAACAAGGGUACAAAAACAAGCACGCCACCUUAAAAUCAAUUCAAAUAGCAAGAGGUUCGUAGAAAUACUUCGACGAUUUUGGAUGCCUAGAUUACUUGAAAAAGUGGAACAAGAUUUGUCAUUAUUGCCAACAUCAUCAUCAACAACAACAUCAACCAUUGAUCAAACUGUGCAUCAAAACAACUUAAGCUCUUUACAACAUGGCGAACAAAUCAUGACACAACCACCAUGCAAAACUGAAAACUUAAACUCAAGCUCAAGCAUUAGUUCAUCAAAUUCCAAAGCUAUGGUAUUGCCUAAAUAUUCAAAUGUCCCAAUACAUCCUCAUGCUGACUUUGCUUACUACAACUUAUCACUCCAAAGGAAUGGCUAUUGCUAUGUGAAUAAUAACAAUACUUUUGAAGCGGGCCAUUUAGACAUGCAAGCAUUAAUGGGACCUACUGACAUGUCAGCUACAGAAUUUCAGGUGGCGGAAGCAGAUUGGAUGAAAGAUGAUGACUUGGCUGGCACAUUUUGGAACAUGGAUGAAUUGUGGCAUACAUCUUAGGAAGUAGCUAGAUCGAUACGUAUGUUCUUUUUUUUUUUUUAACGACAAAUAUGGAAUCAGUGGCAUGCGUUUUUCAUAUACCUAACUCCAAUUCCAGAGGAAACCCGUUAUGGGAAAACCCAUGCCUCCAAUCCUGAGAGUAUUUUUGCUCACACCAGGAUUUGAACCCUAGACUUCUCAAUCUCAGGUUCCACCAUAUACCAAUUCAUCUAUUGAUGAUUUGUAUACUUAUGUUCUAUUGUUGCGCUGGUCUUGAAAUUAAGAACUGCUUUUUCGGGUUCUGUAUCCUAAAAUCAAGAACAGAGUUCAGACUUCAUAGGUACAA